AUGGGUCUUUUAUCAAUUAUCAAGAAGCAAAAACUCAAGGACCGGGAGAGUAGAUGUCUAGUAUUGGGCUUGGAUAACUCAGGUAAAUCUACGGUAGUGGACUGGAUUCUGGCCUCUUAUAAGAAUCGGCCGCGCCAAUUGGUAACGCCUACAGUGGGAUUUCAAAUCCACACGGUACCUUUCCAAAAUCACAGCGUUCAACUGUGGGAUAUUGGAGGGCAAUCGACGCUUCGCCCAUAUUGGGAUAACUACUUCGACAAGACGGAUGUGCUGCUCUGGGUGAUAGAUGCUGCAGCUGCAGCUAGAUUGGGCGAAUCCGUAGAUGAAUUAAAGACGAUCCUGCAAAACCGAGACCGCUUGGGCUACAACUGUCGAAUCAUCGUUCUUGUUAACAAAAAGGACUUGGUCGCAGACCUGGACCCCGUAAUCGUGCGAUUAAAAACAGAUUUAAGUGAAAUGUUGAAGCUGGAGAACGUACCCAUUGAAGUGUGUCCCACAAGUGCUUUAACCGGAGAUGGUUUGGAUGGCUUGAUGCCAAUGAUAGUGGAAAAGUCGGCUCGCAAGCUGUAG